AUGAUGGCUUGGUAUGAGGCUAUCAAACCUCACUGGUAUCCACGAACUCUCUCAGACCUUCCAUCACAGGCUAUGACAUUAGUCUGUGCUGUUCAGCUCCAAUUAAAGAAAUGCAAUUUACUUUUGGAUUCAGCAGUGACGUUUACCUAUAGAGAAGAGAACAAAUGUUUGUUUGAAUGCUCUAACCAUUGGUUAUAUUUGAAAAUUCCCCUCGAAAGCGCUCUAUUGGAUUUAAACAGGACCUGGAAAUUAAGCGCGUUCCUGGGACAAAUGCAUGGAAUGGACAACAACAGCAAACCACUCGUGGAGCUUUUCUUGAAAGCAGCACCAUCAGAUCGUAAAGAGAAAGGAGCUUGCUUAAUCAGUCAGCAGUGGUUUAUGACCUUGUAUUGUCUUGUCGAGAAAGGCCUUAUAGAUCUACGAGUAACACCAAUGACAAUGGAUGCGGCGCCAGAUAAUUAUCUCAAUUUAAAUGCUGCUCGACACCUUCCUAUUGCAUGGAUUGAGUCAGGGAUUUUAGAUGGUGAAGACGCUACUGGACUCGUUAUUUCUUCAACAGAGUCACUGGAAACACUGCUAAUCAAGUUAGGAUGUCCUAAUUUAAAUCCUCGUCUAGAAGCCUCUGCUGUCAGGGCAGCUGAAAAAGUUUUUGAAGAUCUUUACUCAGGUUUAAUGCAGUACAUAAAUAAUGACAACAAAAAGCCACUAUGUUCAUCGCUGUCAAACUUAAAUAAUUAUUUGGCAUCAGCAGCAAGACCAUAUGCAAUGGGUGAGGAAAUAUCUUAUGUUGAUUGUCAACUGGCACCAAAAUUACAACACGUUCGUGUCGCUGGCCAAGCCUACAAGAAAUUCGAUAUACCUCAUGAUAUGAAACAUGUGUGGACAUACAUUCAGCAUAUGUAUAAACUGAAGGCAUUCAACUGUUCUUGUCCAGCCACUCGGGAUAUUCUAAUGCAUUAUGAUGAGAAAAAUCCACUUCCGAAAGAAAUCCGCCCAAGUCUCAUGGGGCCAGAAAUCCUACUAGAUAUUCCUCGAGAUCUGCAGUUGUCAUCGAUAAAUGGAGAUCACCACUGAACUGUUUAAAACGUUGUUACAUUUAUACUAGAAAAAGCAAUAAUUUCAUAUCCUAUACUUUUUUCACAUAUUUUAACCCCGUGUUCAUUUCGGUGUCCAUUUUUUCCACCCAUUGCAAAUAAGUGGGAUGCGCUACUUGGUUUUCUUUACUAAUAUUUAUUUAGUUGAUUAAAAACUUGUACUUUUCACACCUUUCAAAGUUAUACAGUUCUUGUAUAUCCGCUUUGAUAUUCUCAGAUACAUUAUCUAUUAACACUAAUAUACUAGAUAUUAAGGACAAA